AUGGCCUGCAAGUACGACGAUCUCCAGCCCGGCGAGACCGUCUUGACCAACGACGGCUCGUGCGCAACUGCUUGCGUCGUCGAUGGUCGUUGCUCAGUGGUGGCGACGCUGCCGGCGAAUGCGACCCGCUUCGAUUUUGCCGCUGGCUACCUCCUCGGCGACCUCUCGCACCACGCGCCAGCCAAUCUCACCAUGGUCAACGUCCAAGACCAUCAUUUGACGCACAAGUACCUGCAGCUGCCGGCCGCACUCCGCUCCCUGUAG